AUGUCAUAUAUGGAGCUGACCCGCGUGCUGCCCCUCGCUGCCGCCCACAAUGCUGCGCUGCCGCAUGCGCAUCGCUACCGCGCUGCCACCUUUGCUGCCGAGCUGCCGCCCGCGUUGCCGGCUGCCCCACGCUGCCGAUUGCGCUGCCGCCUGCACUGCCCCGCAUUGCCUCCCGUGUUGCCCUGCGCUGCCGCUCGCGCUGCCGCCCGCCCCCACUGCCGCCCGUGCUGCCGCCUGCGCUGCCGCCUGCAGUGCCGCAUGCCUUGCGCUAUCGUGAUGCCGCCCGCGCUGCCGCCCGCGCUGACGCCUGCGCUGGCCCACGCUGUCGUCCGCCCACGCUACCGCCCACGCUGCCGCCCACCCGCGCUGCCGCCCGCGCUGCCGCUCGCUGCUGCCCGCGCUACUGGCCGCGCUCCAGCCCGCGCUACCGCCCGCGCUGUCGCAGUGCAGCCAACCGCGGCCUGUGCCGCCGCUCGUCCCCGCAUACUGCCCGACGCCCACUGA